AGUGUGUGUGUGUGUGUGUGUGUGAACCUGAACCAAAGAAGGGAAGCUGUUUUCUGGCAUGCAUGUCUGUGUGUGUAUGCUUCAACCUUAUUUUGAAUGCUCUCCCUGAGAGAGAGAGAGAGAGAGAGAGAGAGUCAUGUGUGUAGAAUGUGUCAGAGGGGGUGAAAUCAAACUGGUUGCAUGAAAUCUGUGUGACUCAAACACAGUGUUCUCUGUAUCCAGCAGGAGGGAAAGAGAGAGACUGAACCUACUAGAAUGAGGAAAGGGCAAUCACGUGUAACCACAGUCUCAGAAAAUAGAAAACUAGAAAACUAUCAGACCCCUGCAACAUUCUCAGCUUUGAAAACGAACCUUUAAAUGCACAAGCUCAGUGCUGAGAGAGAACUGCUUGGAUUGGAACUCCCUCCGUGUUCACAAACACUCACACACACAAACACACACGUGCACACAGAGACUUCCCUGUUCCGUUUCUGCUAAGAGCACAGAUUGAAAGACUGAAAAGGCUUUCCUUUAAUAACCUAGUAUGAACUCCAGACCGAACGUGGCAAGCCUUUCUUAGCUAUAAUGGAAAUAUAGCUCAUUUUGCAAAAUAUAAACAACAAAUCUUUGAAACUUGAAUUAGUGUAGUUUUUUUUAUUUAUUUAUUUUUUCGUGAAGAGGAACGAAGCUUGUGUGUGAUCAUCUCAGACUGUGAGUCACUCUGAACAAGUCAGGAGCGCUACACCAACGAAGGAGGACAUGGCAUCGCAUGGAAAACUUAGAAAGGAAAAGGGGAGCCUGGCGGAGUAUGAGACACAAAUCAAAGAGGUGCGGGGUCAGCUUUCAGAGCAGCUCAAAAUCCUAGACGCGCAGGUGGAGGUCAAGACACAGCAGCUGCAGGAUCUGAGCGACUACCUGCGCAGACGGGGGGAGAUUGAGGCAGAGUAUGCCCGCUCUCUGGAGAGACUCAGCGAGAGGUUCACAGUGAAGACCAAGAGAAAGGAGCAGUUGGACCUGUCGGUGGCUCAGUGCUGGUCUGUUCUGCUGACCCAGACCAGGCAGGAGAGCCGGGAUCACAGUUCACUGAGUGAGCUUUGCUGCAACACACUCACGCAGCGGCUCUCACACUGCAUAGAGGAUACAUACCGCCUGGCAAAACGGAGCAAGGAGGUGGGACUCCAGAUGCAGGAUGAACUCUUGAAAGUCACCACAGAGCUGCAGACGGAUUUGAAAACUUACCAUCAGUACCACAUAGACAGUCUGGCUGCUGAAGGUAAGCUCAAAGAGGCCACACGAUUGGAGGAGAAACAGACGGGCAAAUCAGCUGAUCUGGGGCUCAGCCAAUCAGGAGGGCAGAGGCGCAGUUCUGUGAAAAAAAUAGAGCGACUAAUGGAGAAGAGACAAGGGAAAGUACAGGAAACUCAGCUGAAGUGCACUAAAGCUCGCAACGACUACUUGCUCAACUUGGCCGCAGCUAAUGUCUCCAUGAAUAAGUACUAUCUGCAGGACAUUUCCACUCUGAUUGAUUGCACAGAUCUGGGGUACCACCUGUCUGUGUCUCGGGUUAUACGCGGUUACCUCUCCAAUAGAAACCGAACUGUCCAGAAUAUGAAAAAUGGCCUUCAGCAGCUAGACACAGCGGUCACUGGACUCAACCAGGGCCAGGACAGAGAUGCUCUGCUCCAGGCCCACAACAUGGUUUUCUGUCUGCCCUUACGCUUUCAGUACCAGCCCCAUGAAGGAGACCAGGUGUGUGAGGUGAGCGCAGAAGGUCAGGUGAGGUAUGAGCUCGAGACCAGAUUCCAGCAGCUUCAGUCCAGACUGGCAUCUGUUACCUUGGAAACUGAGGAGAUCAGUAAGACACUUAAGACAACACUCUCAAAUCUUCUGGAGAGCAUCUGCGAUGAUGACUGCAACCCCACCCCUGAUGCCUCUGCCACCCCAUCAGUGGAGAGCACAGGUGAUGGCACAGGAACCAAAGCCAGCCUCGCCAAACGCAGAGCCAAUCAACAGGACACAGAGACCUUCUACUUCACAAAAGUGAAGGAGCAUGUAAGUGGCAGCUCUCUUGUCUCGAAACUCCAAGCCAAGCAUGACCUACUUAAAGAGGCCAUACAGAAAGCUGAGGCCAUUAAUAGUGAUCCCUCCAGAACGCAACCUGGUAGGGCAGUGCGUGUGCGGAAAGCCAGGCCCUGCUCCCAGUACCACUACAAACUCUUCUCUGGAGAUAUGCUCUCAUUCAUUCAGAGCUCAGGGCAACAGAUCCCUCUGGUGGUGGAGAGCUGCAUUCGCUUCAUCAACCUGCACGGUCUGCAUCAUGAAGGCAUUUUUAGAGUUCCAGGAUCCCAGACUGAAGUCAAUCAUAUAAGGGAUGCCUUUGAAAGAGGAGAGGACCCGCUCACCGACAGCGAGUGUGACAUUGAUUCAGUGGCAGGGGUUCUGAAGCUCUAUUUCAGAGGUCUGGAGAAACCACUGUUCCCUGAGGAGAGCUUUAGCCAGCUGAUGGAGUGUGUCCAGAUGGAAAACAUGACAGAAAAAGUAGCGCAGCUAAAGACAGUAGUCUCGUCCUUCCCCAGACCCGUCAUCAUAGUGAUACGGUAUCUCUUCGCCUUCCUUCAUCAUGUCUCUCAGUACAGUGAUGAGAACAUGAUGCAGCCGUAUAACCUGGCCGUGUGCUUCGGCCCCAGUCUGCUCCGAGGGACUGAAAUGGGUGGUGAUGAAGUGACACUGGCACCUCAGAUCAAUGACCUUGUUAAGACCAUGAUCAUCGAUCAUGAGAACAUUAUCCCGGGGCCGUCCGAACUCCCGGGCCCCAUCUAUGAGAAAUGCAUGACUCUAGAGCAGUAUUGUGAACCCAUUGCAGAGGAGGGCGAGGGAGACCCUGAACAUCUUCCCAGCGAAGAUGAAUGGGAGGCUGUGGCCAUGUUUGAUUAUGUUGCACGUUCUGCAGCCGAGCUGUCAUUCAAGCAGGGUGACCACCUCCUACUACACAGCAAGGCCACUGCUGAUUGGUGGAGAGGGGAAGCAGGAGGGGUGAAAGGCCUGAUCCCCCAUAAUUACAUCAGUGUGGUAGAGGGGGCAGAGCGAAAAGAACGAGGGAAGAAAGAGGACAGCAGAGGGAGCACAGGAAACCUAUCUGAGGAACAGCAGCUGUCUGAACCCAGCACCCGUAUGAGAGUGAACAGUGACAGCGCGUCUUUGCCCGGCAGGCAAAGGACAGGCAGCGGAGGCAGCAGUAUAGUUGGAGGCAACAAUGGGAGUGUAAGCCCCAUACGGAAGAUCCUGCAGGUGCCCGAGGGACGAUUCAUCCUUCCUCCUCAGACAACUGCAGUUGCACGGCAUUUCUCAGGUCAUCAGGAGCGCAGACACACUUUAGACACUCUGAGGCCAAUAGUGGGACCAGCAGACAAACAGACAGUACAUAUCGACAAGGAGGUCAGUCGCCAGAUGAACUCCGUGUUUAAGGAGCUGUUGUCCCGUCAGCCUCCUCUGGAAGCCUCGGGUUCGAACCCUCCUCCUUCCUCUCCUCCCACAUCUGUCCCAUCGGGACCCUCUGCUGCUGCUCGACCUCCGGUGAAGAAGGGAGGCUUCGGCCUGCGCAGCAGAGUUCUCUUCAAAACCCAAGACCAACAGGACUGAGGGAGAUGAAGGGACGAAAGACGAGUGAAUCUGAAUAUGAGUGUUGUGGGGGAACAGCAAACUCAUCACAGAUAUGAAUAUAUUUUUCCAGACAUACACGAUAUGUUUCUCUUUACGCCUUAUUAACUAAAGUGUAUUCUAAAAUAUUUCAGUUGACAGUGGCUAAUAUGGUUUUGUCAUUGUCAUUGAUCCUAUUAUUGGUUGUAUUUGUGUUUUAGCUUUAUCAACUGUUAAUCUGGCCAUCAGUCAAGAAUCUCCCACUUCCUAUCUAAUCAUUCAUCGCAGUGAUGUCCAAUGUGUUUUUGACUGUAGUGUAGACUGUGUUCAUUUGGCAAAACAUAAGUAUUUGCUGAUGAUAUAUUCAUGGAGUACCAGGAAAACAAGUGUUGAGUCCCUCAAAGCACAUAGAUUCGGAUGGACAAGUGAACUGUGGGAAUGACAUCCAUGACAGGCAGAGUCCACAUUGUUAUUUUAGAUAUAGAAGCGUCACCCAGAAUUUAUGAAGGCAAAUGUUACCCUCAGAUUUACGCUUUUUUUUAAAUUGCUUUUUGAUAUUAUGCAUAGCUCAAAUAGUUCAAGGUACGACAUGAUUAAUAUUAAAAUGAUCCAGUUUUCCAUUUUUGAAGACUGAUUUAGGAUUUUUUAUUUGCUAUUUAAUUUUUUAUUUUUAUUUUUUGCAUUCAAUUACAUUACUAUUUUUACCAUUAUUUGCAUUACAAUGGAUUAUUCUUUAAAAAACAUUCUAUCAUAAAGGAAGCAGCACACAUGCAUGCAAACACACUGAUGCGGAUAGUCUCGUGUGGGAACAGGUGGAGCGGCCAAAUUAAGCACAGCUCUGGAGCCCAUUUUACCCCUACAGCUCCAUGUUCUCUCUGUCAAAUAUGAAAAAUGGAAAGACAACUGUGAAGACAAGUGCCACUCAGAGCAGCUCAGAAACUGUCCAACAGAGAACUGACUGGAGAAAAGCUCAAACUGUGAAAUAGCACAUGCAGGAAGUACAAUGGCACUCACUUCCUUUUAGCUGCACAUUAGUGCCCCCGGUCACUGGUCUCCUUCGACUUCCACCCCCGUCAUGCAUUCCCUUUAGCAGUGUGUGUCUCUUGUAGAUGAUGUCACCAUUGAUGUGUGGAUUACAGUAUUAUCAAAAUAAAUUAUAUUGAUUCUAAAAUAC